AAAAUUGAAUUGCUAACGUAGUUACUAUUAAAUUAUUUUUAAAAUGUCAAAGAAGAAGGGAAAUAAAAAAAACCAAGACUUCGAAGACGACUUAGCAAAAGACACUCAGGAUAUAACCUCAAAAGGCAAGAGCAAAGGAAAAAAGAAGGGUAAAGGUGAUUGGAGUGAUAGUGAAGAAGAAAAUAUACCCAAAAAAGUUCAAUUAUCCGACGAGGAAGAUGUCCCUAAACCUGCAGCAAAAAAGGCACAGAAGAAAGGAAAGAAUAAAAAGAAAGGUGGUGAUAUAUCUGAUGAUGAGCAUGAUGACAGCAAGUCUGUUGUGAGCAAUGCUACAAGUACAGCAUCUAAGCCUGCUGCCAAAAAUAGCAAAAAGAAAAAAGGUAAAGGCAAGAAGGAUGAUGAUUGGUCGUCUGAAGGUAGUGAUGUGGAACUCCAAGAAGAACCAGAGGAAGAAGUUAAACCUGUCAGUAAAAAGAAAACUAAAAAUAAAAAGAAAAAUGUUGAAGUGGAGUCGGAUGAUGAUGAUUCAAAAUCUGUAGUCAGUAAUGUAUCCAGUAACACAGCAAAACCCGUAACUAAGUCCAAAAAUAAAAAAGGUAAAGGUAAGAAAGAAGAUUGGCCUGAUGAGGAGAGUGAUAAAGAGCUAAACAUGGAAGUAUCCGAGGAGGAGGAAUUAAUUAUUCCAGUCGUCAAAAGUAAAGGCAAACAUAAAAAGAAAAAUAAUAUUGAUGAUAUUGAAGCAGAAUUGAAGAAAUUUGAGAUGAAAGACCCAGAGCCCGAAGAACCGCCAGUGAAAGUCAAAGACAAAAAGAAAAAGGCGCAGCCUCAGAGCGAUCAUGAAGAUGUUUCUGUUAAAGAAGAAAUUGAAGACGAGGAUAAGGUGCCAGAUCUCCCUGAAAAGGAACUGCAAGAGCCCGCCGAAAAGAAAAUGAGUCACAAAGAGAAAAAGAAGCUGAAGAAGCAACAAGAGUAUGAGAAACAGAUGGAGAUGAUGACCAAGAAAGGCGGUCAGGGGCACAGCGACUUGGACGCUAACUUUACCGUUAGCCAGGCGCAGAAAUCCGCUGGUCAAAUGGCAGCAUUAGAGAAUGCUGUGGACAUAAAAGUGGAGAAUUUCUCGAUCAGUGCGAAAGGCAAAGAUCUGUUUUUGAACGCGAACUUGUUGAUCGCGAACGGGCGGCGGUACGGUCUGGUGGGGCCCAACGGCCACGGGAAGACCACGCUGCUGCGGCACCUGGCGCAGCGCGCGUUCCCCCUGCCGCCGCAUAUUGAUAUACUGCUGUGCGAGCAGGAGGUCACCGCUAAUGACCUCAGCGCUGUUGAUACUAUUCUUGAGGCUGAUGUUAAAAGGACUGAGUUACUUAAGGAGUGCAAGGAACUGGAAGCCGAAAUCGAGAAAGGAAAUUUGAGCAAACAGGAACGAUUAAAUGAGGUAUAUGCGGAACUGAAGGCCAUCGGCGCCGACUCAGCGGAGCCGCGAGCUCGUCGUAUCCUCGCCGGUCUGGGCUUCAGCAAGGAGAUGCAGGACAGAGCCACCAAGAACUUCUCUGGUGGUUGGCGAAUGAGAGUGUCGCUUGCCAGAGCUUUGUACAUAGAACCAACACUUCUGUUACUCGACGAGCCUACGAAUCACUUAGAUCUGAACGCCGUAAUUUGGCUUGACAAUUACCUACAAGGCUGGAAGAAGACUCUACUGGUAGUGUCUCACGACCAGUCUUUCUUGGACAACGUGUGCAAUGAGAUCAUCCAUCUAGACCAGCAGAAGUUGUUUUACUAUAAGGGCAAUUAUUCCAUGUUUAAGAAAAUGUAUGCGCAGAAACGCAAGGAAAUGAUAAAGGAAUACGAAAAGCAGGAGAAGAGAUUAAAGGAUCUGAAGGCUCAUGGACAGUCGAAGAAACAGGCUGUGAGUUCAUUUUCAAUUUAACUAUGAUUUGUGUAA